UUUUACACUUCCUCAACAUAUUUAUACUAAAUAAAAUCUGAGUGCGCUUUGGGUACAUAUUUUUAUGAUUAUAUUAUUGAGCUGCGGCAACGUUCUGUUUUUAGGUUUCUCGUUGGGCCGACCCUCCGUAGCCGUCAUUUCUGACACCUACAAAUGAUUGAUGACCCCUUCCAAUACCUGCUUAUAUAAACUACUAUGUCAACAUCUCUCCGUCUGUACCCAAACUAUUCUAAACACAUCUGGAAUAUUUGUGCUGUCUUGCACCUAACCCGCAAAAGUGACCAAAUGUUUCUGCAACAUGCAUCUGUAUUCUCCGUAUCCCAUGCAUCCCAAAUCGUGAUUAAUUCGCAGCUUCUUUAUAGGUUUAACUGUUGACAGCCAAUGAAAUCGCUUGUUGCUGCACUUGCUGAAGUAGGGGGGCUGGUCAUUGGAGGUGUUAAUUUGCCAAAAUUUGUCUUAUUUAUGGGAUAAUAUAGCUGCAUGCGCAACAUUGACAAACUUUUUUUUACUGAUUUCAGUACAAGUUUUUAUCUUUUGAAUGUGUGAAAAGUUGAGCAAAUCCUAGAUGGAUAUCACGGGGCCACUGUCUGUACGCGCGAAUGCUUUCAGUAUUGCAUCUCUGAUGUCGGGACCGUUUUCAGACUCCCUCUUCAACUCGCUUGGGUAUCCCGGAUCAUCGGGCCAAUAUAACUCUGACUGUUUCGUAGAAUGGGGAAAUUGUGGGUAUCCCUCCGGAAUGAAAAGCAUGGAAGCCUGUCUCUUGAAUGCUGGAACUGGACGACCUUUUUAUGAUUCUCAAAGAUAUGAAUAUCAAGAUGUAAUUUCGAGAACUCACGGUGAUAAUUCCGAAAAUUGUGUCAAACAUUCCCAAGACUCGGACUUCUUAAAAGGUGAUCAAACCUGCAAAUCAGGUGACGACUGCGCGGAGAAUACAUCAGACGUUAAAGGUGAACUGCCAAAGAAACCCCUGCACCCCAAAUUAUUGAACGUGAACGCGCACCUGGAAAUGAAAUCCCUGUGGGACGAGUUUGACGAGCUUGGUACAGAAAUGAUAGUCACCAAGGCCGGGAGACGAAUGUUUCCGACCUUCCAAGUUCGCCUGUACGGCCUGGACCACAUGGCAGAUUAUAUGGUGAUGAUGGACUUUGUUCCUUGUGAUGACAAGCGGUAUAGGUAUUCCUUUCACAGCUCGAGUUGGGUGGUGGCGGGGAAGGCUGAUCCUCACAUGCCCGGGAGAAUUCACGUGCACCCCGACUCGCCUGCUAAAGGCUCACAGUGGAUGAAGCAAGUGGUGUCGUUUGAUAAAUUAAAACUCACAAACAACUUGAUGGACGAUAAUGGCCAUAUCAUCUUGAAUUCUAUGCACAAAUAUCAGCCCCGAUGUCAUGUUGUUUAUGUAAAUCCGAAAUCUGAAGACUGCUCCUUGACAGAAAAUUUUAAGACGUACAUCUUCCCGGAGACGAAGUUCAUGGCAGUGACGGCCUAUCAGAACCAUCGGAUAACCCAGCUGAAAAUUGCCAGCAAUCCUUUCGCGAAGGGGUUUCGAGAUGUUGAUCCAAAUGAGUGUAUGGUGGAUGUUUUAUCGCAGCUGAAUCCUUGCGCCCGACCUAGGAACCACAAUCGUCCUAGUUCUCUGGCAUACGCCAACAACGGCUCAGCAUCUAAACGCCGCUCUACUGACGAAAAAGGUUCAGAAUCUGAGGACUCGUGCUUGUCCCCGAACAGCGCUAUUUCCGGAAAUGGUACGUCACCUCUCCGUCUUCCUACUCGACCGAAUUACCCCACGGACGGAUAUACUUACCCGCCAUAUAGUCACGAGACCUAUAUGAUGGCGUCGAAAAGCAGAUUGUCACCGUACACCCGCACUUUGGAUUACCCCUCCUAUCACCAUGCUCGUAUGAAGGAACUGUAUCAAGGAACGAACUCUUGUGGUUACAACUUCUGACAUUGAAGUGUUUCUUUUAAGUUUGAUCUUCGAUUCGCUUGGUUGACUUCGUGAUGUUUAACUAACUGUGAACCAUGACAUUUCUUUUGUAGAUUUUCUGUUAAUAAAUAUUUAUCUUGUUUUACCGUUUAUAAAAA